GAAUUACAAUAAACAUGAAACAAAAUAUUUGUUUCAGUUGGAAUAAAGGACCUGGUCACUAACAUGCUUAUUUUAGUGGGAACAUGUUCAAAUGGUUCAGUCUACUGGAAUUAGUUUUCAGUUCAACUUACUGCUUUUCAGUCUGUCAUCCUCAACAAUCUUUUCGCUUUAUUGAGGGCAUUUUUCCAGCAAAAAUGGUGGCUAUGAGCUUGUUAUAUUUGAAGAAUCUUCCUACAACAUACUCAGUCGUAUGCAACUUGUAUAGGAUCAAUGAAGAAACUAACGAAAAGAUUUUCCAGAAAGACAGCAGAAUUCGGAAUUCCAGUGUGGAAAUAGCCAUGAGCUACUUUGGUUUAUGGUUUGCAGGGGUGGGUCAGUAAAAUUAUCCGGAAGCGGCAUGAUUCUUCUGUAACAAGUAUUGCUUGGCAUCCUAAUAAUAUAUUUCUUGCAACCACUUCAACAGAUGGAAAAUGCCGGGUUUUCUCUACUUUCAUCAAAGGUGUAGAUACCAAGCAUUCUUCCAGUGGUUCUGAUUCAAAAUUUGGAGAGCAAAUCAUGCAGCUUGAUCUCUCACACACUUGGACCUUCGGUAUCAGGUGGUCCCCAAGCGGAAAUACCUUAGCCUAUGCAGGUCAUGAUUCGAUGAUCUACUUUGUUGAUGAGAUUGGUUCUUCUCCAUCUGCUCAAAGUGUAGCAUUCCGAGAUUUGCCUCUUCGAGAUGUUUUGUUCCUUUCUGAAAGAAUGGUUAUUGGUGUGGGAUAUGAUUGCAAUCCCAUGGUAUUCGCGGCCGAUGAAAGGGGACUAUGGAGUUUCUUGAGAUUUCUUGAUGAGAGGAAACAACCUUCAAGUGCAAAAUAUGGUUCACAGUUUUCCGAAACAUUUGGAAAAUUGUACGGCCAAUCGAAGUUUGGUAGCAAUGAGAAUGAGUCUUCAAGAAUAUGUGCUCAUGAAAACUGUAUAACUUCUGUUGUGCCUUUGAAGAAAACAAGGGAUGCCACAAUUACUACCUUCACUGCAGGAUUGGAUGGCAAGGUAGUCACAUGGGAUUUACAAAAGCAACAAGAUCUGAUGGAAUAUUUACAAGGAUGAAGUUAUUGUAUUGCAUUUACAGGAGGGUAUGCUCAGAUGAUUGGUGCCCGUUGAUCCGUACACAGGUUCCUUCACUAAAUGCUUUGAGUUCAUUCACAAUUAAUAUAUAUUUGAAGAGCCUGAAAUUGAUCGAUAAUGUACUAAAUGUUUAUUAGUAUCUUUUUCCUUUCCCUUUUUCCGUGUGAUUCAUGUGUAUUUGUAAUGGUUGGAAAGGAAAAUAAGUUGGCCAGUUAUUAGAUGUUUCAUACAUUUUAUUGGCUUGAA